AUGAAUACUCUCUCGGUUGUCCUUCUCGCCGUCUUGGCUGUUUUUGCCCUCGCUGCACCACAGCGAGUCAUUGAGAAGACCACCAUUAUCAAGACUGGAGGAGGUCCAUCUUUCGGAAGAGGACCAGUUGGCCCACCACCGAGAGGUUUCGGACCAGGACCAGCACCAGGAUUCGGGCGAGGACCAGUCGGACCAUUCGGAAGAGGGCCAGUUGGACCUAUCGGUAGAGGACCAGUUGGCCCAAUCGGACGCGGACCAGUUGGACCAAUCUCUAAGACAACCAUCAUUAAGACCACCGUUGUUGGUUAA